CUUCUGAGGGGAUACUUUUGCUGAAUAUGUCAGAAACUGGUUGUCUGUUGGGAUGGAAAUAUCUUGGUAUCAAAACGAGGUGUAGCCAAAUUGGCGCGGUUCCCACCCCAUGAAUCACUCUGCCUACGCCCCUGGUAGCAUGCGAAUCAGGGUGUAGUACAAUACCCGUAUCAAGUUGUACUACACCCUGAUUCGCAUGACCAAUUAAACCAAGAGUACCCCGGGGUUAUGUACUCUUGAUUAAACUAUUAGCACCUUUUAGUUUAUAACAAUAUUAUCACUCCGUAUUCACUAUUCAGUAUUGACUCCCUUAGAUUUUUGCUAUGCCUAAGCAGUCAAAUAUUCCUCCAUAUUUCACUCCUUUUAGCCUAGUUUUAGGGCUAUUGACUGCUUAUACCGGUACAUGUAUUUCACUCCUUUUUUAGGGAUUGAACACAGGCUUUGGCUAGUCGUGAUAAAUCUUAGAAUAGUUAGAUGUCAUCCCUACUGCGUUCAAGACUGCUGAUCUGGAGUACAAGUAGGAAAGUACACGAUAAUCACGUACAUGCCCUGUGCACGUACGUACACAUGUGUGCUUGACAAUUAUUUUGUCAAUAUAAAUAAUCAGCACACUGUUUUUUAGUAUUUUACUCACGAUAUUAUGCUGUCGGCUCGUACCUAGCUAGCACCUGUUGAUGAGAAGACAAAACACCCAAUUAUUUCUCAAUGAUAUUCGGGAAGGUUGUGAGACCAAGUGCAAUGUCCCUACGCUGGGCAUUUCGAUAUGGAAGUUGGAAUCCAACUGAAGAGGAAUGGCUUAAGGCCUGUGCUAGUGUACAGCUAGAAGAAUGCCAUCGUGUUAGCCAGUUUUGCUACAAGAGAGAUGCUAAAGCGUCACUGGUCGGUCGCUUGUUGCUGCGCAAGGCAGUGAGCAGUUUGUUGGGAAUCCCUUACAAAGAAAUCAUCUUCAAUCGAACUGCUGCCGGCAAGCCUUUCCUGAUGAAUUCUGGAGUACCUGCUGGAUUUUCCGUGAAUAUUUCUCACCAGGGCAGCUUCACAGUCCUGGCUGCUGAGAUCGACAGGCAAGUCGGUAUCGACACAAUGGAUAUUGCUAGACCUGCCAAUACGAGCAUACAGUACUUCUUCCGCCUGAUGUCCUCUAAAUUCACCGAGUCUGAAUGGGAAUACAUCCGUAACGGUUCCUCGAUUUCACCCCAAAGGGAGUGUGCGCUCCCAAAUUCACCGGCUGACUGCACGGAACAGGAGCAGUUAGGCCGAUUCUAUCGUAUGUGGUGCUUGAAAGAAAGCUUCAUCAAGGCAGAUGGUAAAGGCCUUCAGAUCAGCUUGCAGCGUAUGAGUUUCACGCCAGUUGAACCUGGACUUUCUCCAUCUGAAAACAUGCUCUCUGUCGGUACUGUGUUGCACUUUGAUGGUGCUCUCAGUAGCUCAUGGCAAUUUCAUGAAGGAUAUCUCGAUGACACGCACCUGGUUUGCGUAUGCAUUGGUCCUGAAGUUACUGCAGCAAACCCACUGUCAUCAUCACCCACUUCCUCCAUGACCAAUUGCUUCACGCACUUCACCGUAGAACAGUUGCUGGACAGUGUUGAAGAGAUUCAUCCCAAGGACCGCAAGUGGUGGAAUGAGUUUGAACCGCGGGAGGAAGUGCCUCGUGGCCAAUCAGCGCCUACGUGAUCAUUUAUUAUCAGCACUGCAUCGUGUACAGUACUGGCCGCAGUUCUCUCCUAGAUCCUGUCAGGGCUGGGCAGAACACGGGCUGACUUGACUGCCGUGUUGCCAGUAGAGAAAUUCCGCAAAUGCUGCAGCCCAAGCUCAAGGCUGGUCACAUUGGUCACAUUGGUCACGGUGCACACAACUACUACAAUUAGUGGGCCCUACUGUACUCCUACUUCAAGUUACUACUUCAAUUUUCAAGGUCAAGUAUCUGCCGGUGAACCCCUAUAGAUACUACGGCGCUGCUUGUUGGUGUGAAGUGUGUAAUGGACGGAUUCGGAAUGCUAUGCCUCUGCUCACAUGUACUUCAUCCGAUUGGUGACCAGGUUGCAACACUGUGAUUAGCAACUUCCCAGGCAAGUAGAUUCAGCUUGUUUUCCAGCAACUUCACUGCAUCGUGUGUGUGUGUGUGUGUGUCAGUGGCAGCACUGAUGCAAGCGGGAAAUGCUGGCCUCGAUAACUACUCACAAUGCCCGAAAAAUGCAAGCGCUGCUGUUGCUCUUCUUCAAAUUAACAUUGUUGCCACCCGUUUGCCAGACACAGAGCUUAUUGCUUCUGCCACCAUCGCCCCGAUGUUGUGCUAUUGUCUGGUUAGUCCAGCGCAGCCUAGGAAGCAAAGAGCCAGGUCAAACCCAGUGCAAUCAGGAUAUUCACGCUGUCGGCUCAUGUAUGGCUGCUGAUAUUGAUGUUUGGUCAGCAGCAUUCUGAAUUGCUUGCUGAUGCGUACACAUGCUCCAGGUCUUGCCAAGCUAUCCAACCUCCGUACUAUUGUAUGUGUGUCAUUGGGUGACGUAAAAUUGAUUCUCUCUCUCUCA